GCUGCUGCUAGUAUAGAGCCUGUGUGUCGUCUCCCCGGCCGGUGCAGCAGCAGCAGCAGCAGCAGGUCACACACAGCGCAGCAGCAGCAGCAGGUUCUGUCUCUCCCUAGCAUGCAGUGACCCCAGCAGCCAGUCCCCCUCUCUGCUACUAAACUUCCCAAACUUUCCCACCAGUUGGCAGAGGAACUCUACAGUCCGCAUGUCCCUACUUUCCCCACUCCCAGGACAUGGGCACCCGCAGGAGACCCGGCUGGCAGGAUGAGCUGUCCAGGAGCUUCUCAAGGCUCUUCUCCCGGACCUCUUCCCAGGAGAAGGAGGAGGACUCAGGAGAGGAGCAGGAGAGAGGGGACAGGAGCUCGUCCCGACUUUUCUUCAGGAGCACAUCACAGGAGAGGAAGGGAGGCAGUGACAGGACUGAGCUUUCAGAGGAGCCGGAGAGAGGUCAGAGCCCGUCCAGGCUCUUCAGGAGGACUUCUCAGGAGACCAAUGUGUCAGGUAGGGGAUCCAGAGAGGAGCCCAGCGGGUUGUCCAGGCUCUUCUCCAGGACAUCAUCUCAGGAGAAGGAGGAGGACAGUGGCAGUCCCAGGAGUGCAGGAGAGGACCGUAGCAGACAUGAAGAUAACGGCAACCUAACACUGGAAAGCCAAGAACAACUAUCUAUACCUGAAUCAGAACAGGUAAAACAGGACCAGGUUACCAGUCCUGCGCUGCAAAGCACGUCUGAAUCUGAGGAGGAAAAGGAUGGAGAAUCCACUCAUACUUCCAAGGAACCUGACAGUGAGAAACAACCAAGGGAGAAGUUUCUUAAUUUUUUGGGGAGCCUCUUCCAUUUCUCGCCAAAAUCUUCUCAGGGAAAUUCAAAACAGACUCCUGGUGUCCAAAACCUCAGUAAGGAACAUGAGGACGGACAAGUUAAAAAUAACUUGGAUAAAGAGGACUUAAACCAGGAGCAGGCGCUGGAUGUUUGCAGUGGAAUAGAGCAGCCUGCAGAUCAGAACACAGCACAUGAAGAAGACCCGGUGGUCAGUAGUAGUGAAACAGUCAAAGACGAGGUAAAGCAGGAACAGCAAGAAGAGACAUCACCAAAACUCAAUGGCUACACCCUCAACGCGCCAGCAAUAACGUAUGGCACCUACAGAGGAUCCAGGAGAAUCAGGAAGCUCCUCAAGCGUCGCCCUGAUGUAAAUUCUCCAAUUCCAGAAAAAGAAGAGACUAGCGAAAAAGAAACCAAUUGUACAGAAGAUGCUGACACAGAAAGUUGUUGUAUGCUGCAUCAGUUGGUGAAAAUGGAUCCAUCAUCAGAUGCAGAUUAUGAAAGUCAGAUCCUACCUACAGAAAUCCAGAUAAAAAUGUUAUCAAAAUCUGUAGAUCUGGACCAAAUUGUUAACAGUAGAGAGGGCUUGUUCGAGGCUCUACAACCAAGUGCUAUGGAAAGUUCCGUAACGUCUUUAGACCUGCAACCUAAUGCAGAGAUCUCAAAUAUUUCAAAGGAUCUGCAACCCAGUGAUGAGAGUUGCUCAAAUAUAUUGGAGGAUCCAGAACUUAAUUGUAAAAUUAGCUCGAACAUUUCAGAUGAUCUACAGCUGGGUACUGAAGGUAGUGCAAAUAUUUCAGGGGCUCUAGAAACAAGUGCUGAUAGGGGCGCACCAUUUUCAGACAUUCUACAUACAGAUGCUGAGGAAAGCUCAAGUGUUUCAGGUGAUCUACAUCUAAGUGCCAUGGGGAGCUCAAGCAUUAUAGAGGAUACCCAACCAAAGUUAAGCUCAAUACACUCAGAGGAUCUAGAAUCCAAUGCUCAAAAGAGCUCUAAGGCUUCAGAGGAUCUACAACCAAAUGCUAUGGAAAGCUCAGUAAUAUUAGAUGUGCAACCUGAUGUCGAGAGGAUCUCAAAUAUUUCAGAGGAUCUGCAACACAGUGAUGAGAGUUGCUCAAAUAUAUUGGUGGAUACAGAACCUUAUGGUAAAAGUAGCUCGAACAUUUCAGAUGAUCUACAGCUAGGUACUGAGGAUAGUGCAAAUAUUUCAGGGGCUCUAGAAACAAGUGCUGAUAGAGGCUCACUAUUUUCAGACACUCUACAUAAAGAUUCUGAGGAAAGCUCAAGUGUUUCAGGUCAGCUACAACCAAGUGAUGAGGGGAGCGCAAGCAUUAUAGAGGAUACUCAACCAAAGGAAAGCUCAAAACACUUAGAUGAUCUAGAAGCCGUCGCUUAUAAGAGCCCUAACAUUUCAGAUGACCUACAACCAAAUGCUAUGGAAAGCUCAGUAAUAUUAGACGUGCAGCCUGCUGUUGAGAAAAUCUCAAAUAUUUCAGAGGAUCUGCAACACAGUGAUGAGAGUUGCUCAAAUAUAUUGGAGAAUCCAGAACUUCAUGGUAAAAGUAGCUCAAACAUUUCAGAUGAUCUACAGCUAGGUACUGAGGAUAGUGCAAAUAUUUCAGGGGCUCUAGAAACAAGUGCUGAUAGAGGCUCACUAUUUUCAGACACUCUACAUAAAGAUUCUGAGGAGAGCUCAAGUGUUUCAGGUGAUGUACAACGAAGUGACGAGGGGAGCGCAAGCAUUAUAGAGGAUACUCAACCAAAGGAAAGCUCAAAACACUUAGAUGAUCUAGAAGCCGUCGCUUAUAAGAGCUCUAACAUUUCAGAGGACCUACAACCAAAUGCAAUGGAAAGCUCAGUAAUAUUAGACGUGCAGCCUGCUGUCGAGAAAAUCUCAAAUAUUUCAGAGGAUCUGCAACCCAGUGAUGACAGUUGCUCAAAUAUUUUGGAGGAUUCAGAACUUAACAGUAAAACUAGCUUGAAUAUUUCAGAUGAUCUACAGCCAGGUGCUGAGGAGAGCACAGAUAUUUCAGGGGCUCUAGAAACAAGUGCUGAUAGGGGCUCAUCAUAUUCAGAUACUGUACAUACAGAUUCUGAGGCGAGGUCAAGUGUUUCAGGUGAUCUACAACCAAGUGCUGCGGGGAUCUCAAUCAUUAUAGAGGAUACCCAACCAAUGAAAAGCUCAAAACACUCAGAGGAUCUAGAAGCCAUCGCUUAUAAGAGCUCUAAGAUUUCAGAGGACCUACAACCAAAUUUUAUGGAAAGCUCAAUAACUGUAGACCUACAAACUAAUGCAGAGAAGAACUCAAAUAUUUCAGAAAAUAUGCAACCCGGUGAUGACAGUUGCUCAAAUAUUUUGGAGCAUCCGGAACCUAAUGGUAAAAUUAUCUCAAACAUUUCAGAUGAUCUACAGACGAGUGCUGAGGAGAAUACAAAUAUUUCAGGGGCUCUAGAAACAAGUGUUGAUAGGGGCUCAACAUGUUCAGCUACUCAACUUACAGAUGCUGACGGGAGCUCAAGUGUUUCAGGUGAUCUGCAAGCAAGUGCCGAGGGGAGCUCAAACAUUUUAGAGGAUAUGCAACCCAAAGAAAGCUCAAAACACUCUGAGGAUAUAGCAGCCAAUGCGCAUAAGACUUCUAAGGUUUCAGAGGACCUACAACCAAAUGCAGAGGACAGUGAACCAAAUGCAGUGGACAGUGUAAAUAUUUCAGAAGAUCUACAAACAAGUGCUGAGACCAGCUCAAAGAUGCCGGAGGCUAUACAUACAAAGGCUGAGGAGAGCUCAAGUGUUUACGAUGAUCUGCAACCAAGUGCUGCUGGGAGCUCAAGCAAUUUAGAGAGUAUACAGCAAAAGGAAUGCUCAAAGAUUUCAGAAGAUCUGCAACCAAAUCCUGAGGAGAGUUCAAUGAUUUUACAGGCUCUACAACCAAAUACUGAAGAAAGCUUAAGGACUUCAGGGUAUAUACAACCUAAUGCAGAAGGGAGCUCAAAAACAUUAGGGAAAUUAUCACCCAAUAAAGAGGAAAGCUCAAGGACUUUAGAGAAUCUACAAUUAAAUGUCAAUAAAAGUACAAAGAUUAUAAAUAACCUACAACCAAAAACUGAACAAUUCUCUGCAGAUCUGAAGCCAAAGACAAUCACUGUCUCAUGCUCUUUAGAGGGCACACAUGUAGAUUCAGAGGAGGGGUUAAAACUUUCAGAAGAUCUGGAAGCAAAUCCCAAAGAGAACGUAAAUGUUCCAGAGGAACUGCAGUCAUGUACUGAAGAUAAUGCAAAAUAUUCAGCUGAUUUUUGGCCAAAGACAAUAGAUUGCUUUAACAUCUCAGGUGAUCCAGAAACCAAUGUAGAACAUCACAACAUGGAGGUUAUACAGGUAAAUACUGACAUUUUAAAGAGUGAAAAAUAUGUAUUCAUAAAUGAUCUGCAAUCAGAUACUGAUAAAAUACUAGACAGGGCAGAUCUACAACCAAUCACACAGGAAAGCACAACGAUUUCAGCAGUUCUACAGCCAAAUACCAAAGGGAGCUCAAUUAUUAUGGAAGAUUUUCAGCUAAAUGGAGAUGAGAACUCAAAACAUCUAAUUACAGAUUUGAAAAAAAAGGAAUCAAAAGAAGUUCAACCGAAGAUAGAGACAAUCCCAGAGGUAAAUUUAGAUGUACAAAUAAAUGGGAAUUCAAAAAUCACAGAAAAUAUGCAACAAAAUACAAAUGAUAUGAUUAAGGAACAUCAACUAAAUGCAAAAGUGAUUAAUAGCGUUCCAGAAAAUCCUCAGUUAAAGACCAGAAAAGUCCCAAGGUCUGAACUACAACUAAAUACUAAUGGGAACUUAACAGUUAUGGAGGAUCUAAAAAACAACGGAGAGGAGACUUCAAAGACUAGAGAAAAUCUACAACUAAAUACACAGGUUAAUCUAAAUGUUUCAGAGAAACCUCAGAGAACGGUAGGGAGAAUCCCAAGGAUUGAAACAAACCAGCUUAACAUUAACGUGGGACCAAAUAUUUCUGAAGCUCAAAACGCACAAAUAGAGAAACCCUCAAAGAGAAGUGUAGAUCAACAACCAACUGCAAAGGAGAAAGAUCUUAAUUCUGCUGUAUCAGUUGACAAUUCAGAAAAGGCAAAGAACAACUCAAAAAUUACUUUGUCUUCUGUAACACUUGACAAAACAAAUACGUUCAUCCAUCUGGCUCCCAACCCAAGUUCUUGCAUGUCUGAGCAUAGUCUUCCAAUGAUCACAGAUAUUCCUGUUCACACCGUAUCAGAAAGUGAGGAACUGGGUAGGCAAAUGUUAACUGACACCUUUGAUUACUGUUUAGUUGCCAAAAAUAAAGUUAAUUUGGAUAAAAUGGAUGGGGUGGCCAGGGAAUUGAAUUUAAAACCUAUCACUUCUGAUAAUGCUGAUAACAAGUCUCAGACUAUUUUAAUUAAUGACAGCUAUCAGAAUGUCUCAGUUGUUGAUGUCAAACCUGUGCCAGAGAACUCUUUGACUAGUAUUUCAUCUCUGGAUAAAAGUAAUUUCUCAGGAACUGCCACAAACAUUUCUUUAGACAAUGUGCUUGAGUUCCGAUCAUCAUCUCCAACCAUAAUAUUGGACUAUCCAUCAUCUCCUUAUGAUUGCAAUAAUGUAACAUGUGACAGCCCUCAAGAUGCAGUUGAUUCUGGAAUUGUGUCCUCGCAAGCUUAUACGCCAGAAGAACACAUUCCACUUAAGAUAUUUCCUCCUGAAAUAUUCAGCAAGCAUAUAUCAGAUACUUUUGCAGUUGACAAAGAUGCCAAUAUUAUUGGUGAUAUAAAGUUAAGUGGAGAAAACAUAGAGAGCACUGUUUCUUUGGUACCUAAACCUGGUAGUAUAGCCAAAUUAAAAAGUUCACCACUAUUGAAAGAAGACAAAUCACUUGCAGACAGUUGCGCAGCUAACUCAGGUAUUGAUAUAUCGGGUGGAUUUUCUGCACCAGAUAAUCUAAAAUCCAACAUGAACUCUGAGGUUUAUAUUGCUAAAGUGUCAGUAAAAACUGUAAAUAUUGAAGAAGUAAAAAUUCCUCCCUAUGGUUUCUUGUCAGAUGUCAUAUCUGUUGGUAAAGUUGAAAGUCCUACUUUUGAGAAAGAGUUAAUAUGUCUUCCAAACUUGUCACCCCCACCCGCAGACUCAGCAGACAGUAAUAAAUUUCAGGUUCCUCAAAGUGCUCAAGAGGAUAAAAGCGUCACCAAUGGAGAAAUGUCCUUCAGUAGAGAAGAUGUCACAGCUAACAACAAUUUUAAUAAUUGUGAAAAGGAUCCUAAAAAGUGUAUUGUAGGAAUCAAAGAGUUGCCUUCAUCGAAUAAGGAGAACAAUGUAUCUGCGCAUAUGGUUAACAUGUUAAAAAAUGACAAAAAAAUACCAACAAGCACAAAUAAAUCACCAGAUGUGCUAAUAGAAAAUAUAAAAAAUAACAAUUUAUCUGUCCACACGUGUGGUAACAUAAUAAAUGUUUCACUCCAGACAUGUCCAUUUGAAAAUGAAUUAAGGAAUCAGUCGUUGCUCUCCAGUGAUUCGCAGUGGAAAAUAGGAAGCUGUGAAUCACUUUCAGAAUCAAAUCCAGAUUUAGAAGUGACUCACAGUGAGCCAGGAAAGUUGUAUGAUGUACUGAAUCACGCACCAUUACAAGCUGAUGUAAACCUCUCAGAUGACCUAAUUUCUUCAGAUUCUACGACUCCAAAAAUUAUCCUUCCAGACUAUUCUGAGUCAGCCAAUGAAUUAUAUCAGCAAAAGGCCAACGAAAUUAUCUUCACUGUGCUGAACUCCGCCAUGGAUGAAUUUAAAAACAUAAAUAAAAAUUCUGCAAACAUAGCUUGUCUCCAUAGCCAGAUCUCUAUUACACCAGAUGUAAAACUUGCAGAAGAAAAAACAAGUAAUAAUUUCCAACAAUCCUUGGAAUACUCCUCCGUAGAUGUCCCAUCAGGUGUCUUAGAGAAAUCUUUGGACAGUAUCCUACGUAAGAGCAAAGAUCCUUUUAUGUCUAUAGCGGAAGGACUAGUAAAUGAAGUUAUAUCUUCUUCAAAACAGCUGAUGGUUUCCAAUACGAUACAGAAGAUUAUAAAUGAAGACAGUGACACAAAUGAAAUGAGUCCUAAAAAACCACCUAACAAUUUAAAUCAGGCGUUUGUGGACAAAAAUGACCCACCUGAGAACAUCACAAGCUUAAUAAAAAAUGAUUCUUUAUUAGAUAUUAACAAUGCAGUGUAUAUGCCUUUUAGCGAAAGAAAUUGUAAUGCCAUGACAACAACAGGAAUGCUGCAGAAUGUUCCAUCUAGCCAGACAACUGACCCAUCCUCUUUAGAUGAGUUUGGUUCUAGAGCCACUGUAGGCAUGAGGGACAGAGCUCUGAAUGUUCCUAUAGAAAGUAGUGUUCUCGCAGAGGCAGAAGAUAAAGAGGAACAUUCAAAUUGUUUCAUAAAUCCAUGUGUUGCUGAAAUAAACAAUCCAAAUGUGCAAAAUGACAGCUCUCUAACCUUUGAUAUGAACGUGCAAGGAGAUCUUGAGAUUGAGAAUCUUAAGUGCAAUGAAGAUCAAAAUGAGUAUUAUGACAGUGAAAUGGGAUAUUCAUCCAGAUCCCUUGAAACGGAAGGUUCACUGAAUGAGUUCCUUAGUAAUCAUUUAUCUGAGGAGAUCUACAACAUGUACAUGUCAGAAGUAAGUUCAGAAUUCUCUGAUCCAUUCCAGUUCUUCGUCCAUAACAGUCAAUAUGUUGAAAUAAGUGAGAGUGAUGAUGAGUUAGGGGACGAGGACAAGGAUUAUGGUGCUAGUGGACAGGACUCUGUCGAAGACUCAUUUCUGUCUGUACAGUCAAGACGUGUAAGGAUCUAUCCCUUUGCUCUGUCUCCAAUAUACGAGGACGAUAGCUCUUGUGAGGGCCCUUUGUCUAACAGCAGCUCACCGAGACACAUCGAGGGAGCUGCAGCAAGUAACAAUGAGAACAGCCAUGCAUCAAUCUUAUCUCUGCUACAGUCUGUGUCGGAUCGCUUGAAAGAAGCUGACAUGGAUGAAAUGGGCAGUGAAGAAAGAUUGCCAUUCCUCAAUAAUGAAGCUGUAGUUGUCAGUGACCAGCCUAAUAAGGAUACAUCGGAGUCACUCUCUGUGUGUAAGACAAGCCUUGAUGUCCCCACAUUACCUGAAGAAGAAAAACCAUCUGGAGGAAGCAGAUCCAGUUUGUUCAUUACCAAAUCUUUUACAGAAAACAGGCCUUCCUCAGUCCCAGGCCGUCAGUCUUUUCUUCUUAAUUUGUCAUCACAGUCUAAUAUAGCAGGAGCAAAGUCUGCUGCGGAAAACACUUCUGUUCCGGCUUCUGGGGGUGAAGGGUCAACAUCACUGACCAGUGAAUCCAAAUCAACUCAUGACACAGAUCUUUUCCCAAAUACUGCUGCUGUGAGCGGGCCUUCACCAUUACAGGCGGUAACAGAACCUACAUUGUCCAUUCUGAAAUCUGAUGUAGAGCACAAGCCACGUCUGUCUCCCCAAAGUGUUUACUACCAGUAUUUCCAAGCAGCUACUACGGGGAAUAAGGAGAACUCCGCUCAGGCAAAGCUGGAAGGGGAAUUCAAGAAAGCAGAAGCGCAACAAAUGCUCAAGGGUCAAUCAUCGCACCAGAGAGAGAAUCUGGAUGCAGCUGAUUCAGAAUCCCUAAAGUUUAACCCAAGGCCCGGAAAGAUGACCCUGUCAGACAUAUUAGAUCUUGAGAACAAGAUUGAACUAAAGAGUGACGUUCUUGAUGCAGCAUCCUGGGAGUUUCCAAAUGGAGUAAAUAUCCGGGUCAUCAGAGGAUGCUGGGUUCUGUAUGAAAAACCACAUUUUGAAGGUCAAGCACAUGUCCUUGAAGAAGGGGAAGCUGUGUUAUACCGCCUCUGGGAUCUUUCAGGAACCAAAGCUAAGCCAGAUAAAAUCAGGAUAGGCUCAGUGAAGAGAGUAGUGAAGGAUUACCUUCCAGUGGUAGUAAUAUCCUCCCUGCAGGAUACGGCUGACUCUCCUGUUUAUAUAUGUACAGAGGUUCCCUCAUUGGAAAAUCUGGUUGAUAAACGCCCACGUUCUUUAACAGUGAAUUCCGGAGUCUGGCUGGCAUACACAGAACCUCAGUAUAAUGGCACAGUGACUGUAUUAGAAGAAGGAUGUGAAUUGCCUCAAAUUCAGGAUUGUGGUAUCAAAUCUAUGCGAGCCUUGAAAAUGGGAGGCUUGAAAGUGCAGUUGCCCAGUGAUCCAAAGAUAAUUAUAUAUGAGAAACCAUGUUUCCAAGGGCGGUCAGGAGAGAUCACAGAACAUGUCUGUAACAUUGGGACACUUCUCCGUGAUGAGGAUAAAGGCAAUAAUCUAAAUAUUGGAUCAAUGCAAGUUCUUGGUGGCAUAUGGGUUGGAUACGAACAAGAGCGGUAUAAAGGGCAGCAGUAUCUCCUGGAAGAGGGUGACUAUGAGGACUGGCACGCCUGGGGAGGAUAUGGCAGCACUUUGCAAUCAGUCCGAUAUCUUCAGGCUAACUUUUUGGAGGCGUCUGUCACCUUGUACGAUUCGGAAGCGGAAGAAGGGAAACAAGUGGAUCUUUUCAACCAGGCGAUUCCUGACCUGGAGCUGGCUGGAUAUAACCCCAAAACGCAGUGUAUCCAUGUGAAAUCUGGGAUGUGGGUAGCGUAUCAGCAGAAGCAUUAUUGUGGAGAACAAUAUAUACUGGAAAAAGGCAGAUACAAGACCUAUAUGGACUGGGGAGGCAGCAACAAUACAAUAAUGUCUAUUAGGCCAGUUCUUCUGGAACCACUGGGACGGAACGAAGUGAAACACUUGAUUAAGGCAUAUAAAAGCUGCAAUUUUCAGGGGGAGUCUGUGGAUUUCUCGCAGGAAGUAUGUGACUUUCCCUCAUUCAUGCCCAGGUCUUUCAAGGUCUUAAGAGGAUGCUGGCUGCUGCAGUACCAGGCAGACUCAUGUGAUAAUCUGUGUGUGCUAGAAGAGGGGCACUUCCCAGACUUGGCAUCAUGUGGGAUCCCCGUCGCUGAGAUCACAUACAUCCAGCCCAUAGAUUAUGUCUUUGCUGAACCUUCUGUCAGUUUGUUUGCUCUGGACUCAUGUGAGGGGAGGGAACUGCACUUUGAGGAGGCUGUAACUUCGGUACUAAGCAAGGACCUUCACUUCUAUACCCAGUCUGUGUGGAUACGAAGAGGACUUUGGAUUGCAUUUGAAGGGGCCAACUUCCUAGGAAGACAGAUGUUACUGGAAUCCCAAAAAAUUGAAAAAUGGUCACAAUUCAGCGGCUGGAAAGCUGUUGGGUCACUGCGUCCCUUAAGACAGCCAGCCGUAUACUUCAUGGUUAGAAACAGGCACAGAGACAAGUACUUGACAGUCACCGGGAAACUGUCAGAUACAAGGGCGACAUUUGUCAGCAUUUCGGCAAGGAACGGGCAGAGUACCCAGAUCUGGUACUUCUGCAGAGGGCUCCUGAAAUCAAAGGCAAAUGAUUCAUGCUUAGAUAUCAUUGGAGGAAGAAACCUACCUGGGUCAAAGGUGUCCUUGUGGUCUGAACAUGGGAAAAAUCGGCAGAAGUGGACAAUCAAUAAAGACGGGACAAUCGCUUCGUACAUAAGUGAUGACCUUGUUCUAGAUAUUAAAGGUGGAAACUACUACGAUCAGAACUACUUGAUAGUAAACAGAGUCCAGGACAGCGCCCUCACACAGAAAUGGGACAUUGAGAUACUGUGAACGUCUCUGAGACAUGAACUGUCAGAACGGCAUGGUCUCUGCACUUACGCUGUGGAAGGUGAGAACUACACGAAUCCCCCUACAGAAGUCACGGGAUCGCUGCUCUACUAAUGUGCUUGACAUGGAGCCAGGAAAGUGGAUUGAGGUUUCUUCAGAAGAGGCAUUUACCUGCCUGUGCCAACCAAAAGGCCAGAUUGCCUGGUUGGGAUUGCACUUGCCAGGAACGUAUUGAGCACAGUAACGUCACUGGAUCAAAAUGACAUGUUUGGGAAAUGUUUCCGUUACCUCCUUGAGUCUGGACUGCACUGCCUACUUAUUUAAUGUCUAUACGCGGAAAGGACUGGAGAACAGACGGCUGUGCCAACCACGGGGCGCUGAGCCUUGUUUAUAUGAUUGGCUGGGGCACACACAUAACUGGAAUACAUAAAGGAUGAGCAAUGCUGGCACUCCAUACUGGCAUACCUGGGAGUAUAACAUUAUGCAAAACGUUCUCCAGUUAUAUAUUAUAUAUAUAUUUAAACAGAGUUUAUGUUGUUUUUAUCUCUCACAUUCUCCUGGCGUGACAAACCACAGCUUGGUAAAUCAGGACAGUGGUUUUUAAUGUGGUGCUUUAUAAAAUAGCCAUUUCCUUUCGUUUUCACAGCAGUUUGGCCUUUAGUAAAUCGCCUGUGAUACUGUAACCUCAGUGCUGACAUGACGUCAUUUUUCUGAUAGGUAUAUAAUGUACAUACUGUAGGUAAUCAGAACGCAUGUGUACUGCAUAUAUGGGCAGUAUAUAUCUAUACUGUAAAUGAAAUAUUUAUAUAAGGCUGUAAGUAAUGUUGUGUAUAUGUGUAAAUCAGAUCAAAUGAAGCUAGAAAACGGUUUCGUAAGAUGUAUAUAUUGUGCAGCCACAGAAAACACUGCACGGGAAAGCGGUGAUAUUAAUCUCAUAGAGAACGUGAGGGUCACAGGAUAAGAAACCCUAACGAGUGCCUUAUUUUUUUUUAAAUACUGUAUGUGUCUUGUCAAUAUGGAUGUUGAUUUCUUUACAUUUUGAUUAAAAGUUCAAUGAUUUAACUACA